AUGUACACGAACAACCAAACUAACAAUGCUGUCCUCCCAGCUGACUCAUCAUCUUCCUCUUCUCAAGUGGAAGACAGUCCAUCUGUCCAUCAACAGUUCUGCACAUUCAACAUCACAGUUAACUACGUGAAUGCUCCAAAUGCUCCUCCACCUCCUCCAGAGCAAGCGCUUCCGAUGAUUUCGAAUCUGAUUGGACAGCAGAUGAAAGAUUUCAUGAAAGAAGAACGGAGGAGAAGUAGAGCUCGACGGAGGUCUUCUCGACGACAUUCAAGACAUUUCCCACAACCUCCGCCACCCCAGAAUCCAGCAGUUUCCAACGAUGAGUUAUCAGAUGACGUCACUCAAAAAGAGUCGGUAGUGGAAAGUGUGAAAUCGGCGAGGAACCCGGAGACAAAGAAGACGCCAAGAUAUAGUGACGAGUCUCCUGAAAUCGAAAAGAAAAUUCGAUAUCGCUUGGUUCCGAAGAGGAAUUUGAAGGACGAUGAAUUACCAAAGAAAAGAUAUAGUGAAGGUGGAAGAAGAAGAAUGGAGCACGAGGAUUUGAGACAUCUGAAUUCAUUGGAGCCGGUUGCGGAGAGACAUGAAGAGCAGAAGAGGGAGAAAGCUAGGAGGAGAAGUGUUCUUGAAUAA